AUGCUAUCAAACGGCCAGCCUCAGCACCGUCCACAGCCUCGUCAGGACAUCAAGCCUACUGUGAUCCCCGAAAGUCCUCCGCCACCGACUAAACGCCAAACCCGCGAGGCUCCUGUGGACGUUGAUGGGUUGUCGUCCCCUACCACUCGCCAAACACGCGCCAGUGCGAGGACUAUCAGUAGGGUGCGAUCGCCUACGCCGAAAGGAUGGAGCGAAUCAACUCCGGGAUGGCGAGGACAGUGGAGAAACUCGCUAGUCUUUCCUGCAGAAGGCAAAAGCCGUGCUACCGUCGAUUUGGAUGACAUCCCGAGACUAGACGAAGGUCAAUUCCUCAACGACAACCUGAUCAUUUUCUACCUACGGUAUCUUCAGUAUCACCUAGAAAAGGAAUACCCAGGUCUAGCGGAAAGGGUCUACUUUCACAACACCUUUUUCUAUGACAAACUGAAGCCGUCUCGCGCCGGUGGGGCAAUCAACUACGAUAGCGUCAAAAGUUGGACCUCCAAAGUUGAUCUGUUCCAGAAAGACUUCAUCAUCGUACCCAUCAAUGAGUAUUCCCAUUGGUACGUCGCUAUCAUCUACAAUGCGCCGAAACUUCUCCCGCAGCCCGGCAACCCAGACGUGGCAGGGGCAGCAAUUAGUAGCGCUGCUCAAAACCCAAUUUCGCUCGAUUAUGAUCGUAUCAUCACACUGGAUUCCCUCGGAGGCGCUCAUUCCCCUGCAUGUCAAGCCCUCACCAAAUAUCUCGUGGCCGAAAUGAUGGACAAGAAAGACAUUGCCAUUGAGCCACCCAAGUCACUGGGAAUGACAGCCAAGGACGUACCCCAGCAACAUAAUUAUUGUGAUUGUGGCUUGUUUCUUCUGGGAUAUAUCCGUCAAUUACUGCAGGAUCCAGACAGCUUUGUCCGCAAUAUACUC